AUGAACGACACGGCCAGUUCACCUGUGGUGAAAAAUACUUGCUUAGUACCCGGUCGUAAAGAAGAGUUGGUCGCACUGAGUGAAGGAUUGGAAAAGUGUCAAAAGUCGUUGAACAAUUAUUUGGAUUCCAAACGAAACGCUUUUCCGCGCUUUUUCUUCAUCUCAGACGACGAACUGUUGAGCAUCCUGGGCUCGGGGGACUGUGAAUGUGUACAAGAGCAUAUGAUUAAGAUGUUUGACAAUAUCGCCUCGGUCCGAUUCAGCAAAGAUACCACGAAACCCGGCACCAUUUUAACUGAAGUGACUGCCAUGAUUUCCAGUGAGGGUGAGGUGAUGGAAUUUCGUGGCGCGCAGCUCGUGCGAGGGAAUGUGGAACAAUGGAUGACUAGUGUUGAGGCGGAAAUGAAGCGCACAAAUCGUCUGAUUACAAAGGAAGCCGUUUUCUACUACCGUUCGUCCACGUCACGUGUCGAUUGGAUGUUCAACUAUCAAGGAAUGGUUGUAUUGGCCUCAAACCAAAUCUGGUGGACUUGGGAAAUUGAGGAUGUGUUUCGUAAAAUUGCCAGUGGUCAAAAAAAUGCUAUGAAAGACUACUCGCAAAUGCUUCAGCGACAAUUGGAUGAGAUUGUGGUGAAAAUACGUAAUCCACUGAGUAAAAAUGAUCGUAAUAAACUGACCACCGUGCUCACUAUCGAUGUGCACGCUCGGGAUAUUGUGGCCGAUUUUGUCCGAGACAGUGUGAUGGACUCGCAAGAAUUCGCGUGGGAAUCGCAACUCCGUUUCUACUGGAAUAAGACCGUGGAUGAACUGGUAAUUCGUCAGUGUACAGGCGAAUUCUACUACGGUUACGAAUAUAUGGGCUUGAACGGUCGUUUGGUGAUCACUCCUCUAACAGAUCGCAUCUAUUUGACCUUGACUCAAGCUCUGUCAAUGUACAUGGGUGGUGCACCAGCUGGACCAGCGGGCACGGGUAAAACGGAGACCACGAAGGAUUUGGCCAAAGCUCUUGGAUUGUUGUGCAUGGUCACCAAUUGUGGUGAGGGAAUGGAUUACAAGGCGGUAGGUAAGAUACUGUCCGGUCUUUGCCAAUGCGGUGCUUGGGGAUGUUUUGAUGAAUUCAAUCGGAUCGAGGCUUCCGUGCUCUCGGUCAUCUCUACUCAACUCAAGGUCAUUCAAACAGCAUUGAUCAAUCAAGUCAAACGAUUCCUGUUCGAAGGUAUCGAAAUCAAUUUAGACAGUCGAGUUGGGGUAUUUAUCACGAUGAAUCCGGGCUAUGCUGGACGCACGGAACUGCCGGAAUCGGUCAAGGCUCUGUUCAGGCCUGUGGUAGUGAUUGUUCCGGAUCUACAGCAGAUUUGUGAAAUCAUGCUGUUCUCUCAAGGUUUCCUCACGGCCAAAUUACUCGCCAAAAAGAUGACCACCUUGUACAAGUUAGCACGUGAACAGCUAUCGAAACAGUGUCACUACGAUUUCGGUCUGCGCGCGCUAAAAUCCGUCUUAGUCAUGGCCGGGGAUUUGCGCCGAAAUGCACCGGAAUUGUCGGAAGAAAUGGUCCUGAUGCGAGCUCUACGGGAUAUGAAUUUGCCCAAAUUUAUCUUUGAGGAUACUCCGUUAUUCCUGGCGCUUAUUCAAGAUCUAUUCCCUGGAUUGGAUUGUCCCCGCGUUCGAUAUCCAGACUUUAAUGAUGCUGUUGAAUUGAUGCUCGAGCGUAAAGGGUACACGGCGAAUGCCACACAGGCGGAUAAAGUGGUUCAAUUGUACGAGACAAUGAAAACACGUCAUACCACCAUGGUGGUUGGUCCAACCGGGGGUGGGAAAUCCGUGGUGAUCGAGGCAUUAUGCAAUGCACAGACACAUUUGGGUGUUACGACAAAGUUGUACACACUGAAUCCAAAAGAUCGUAGCGUGAUUGAAUUGUACGGUGUAUUGGACCCGAAUUCGAGAGAUUGGACUGACGGAUUGCUAUCAAAUAUCUUUCGUGAAAUUAACAAACCAACAGAUAAACAGGAACGACGAUACAUCUUGUUUGACGGUGAUGUUGAUGCUCUUUGGGUGGAGAAUAUGAACUCUGUAAUGGAUGACAAUCGGUUACUUACUUUGGCCAACGGAGAACGAAUUCGUCUACAAGCGCACUGUGCACUGCUGUUUGAAGUGGGUGAUUUGCAAUAUGCUUCGCCGGCUACUGUUUCACGUUGUGGCAUGGUAUUUGUGGAUCCAAAAUACCUGGGCUAUGAACCGUAUUGGCAACGAUGGAUCAAGUAUCGUCAGACCAAAUAUGAACGAGAUAUUCUGGGAGAGUUGUACACCAAAUACAUACCGCCACUGAUUGACCGAAUAGUUCAUGGCAUGCUAGAUGGGAAACAGGUUGAACGCCUUCGUCGUGUGAUUCGUCUCACCGAUAUGAAUCUGUUGGUCCAAUUCUGUUGUCUGCUCGGCUGUCUGUUGCACGUCACUGAGGAGACUGCAUUUGCUCAUAUUGAGGCAGUGUUCCUAUUCUGUUUGUACUUUUGUGUUGGUGGGACUCUGGUGGAAGAAGAACGAGAGAAAUUUGAUUCGUAUGUGAAGUACUUGAGCAGUUUACCGGAACCGGCCGAGGCGGAAUCAGUUCAGACCCCGGCCAAAGCCGGGGAGAUGCCCAACGGGCAACCGUCUCUGUUCGACUAUUAUUUCGACACGGAUCACAGUGUAUGGAUACCGUGGAAACAACUUGUACCGGACUACAUACACGAUCGAAGCAAGAAAUUUUCCGAACUCUUGGUUCCGACAAAAGAAACAGUCCGUGUUGGUUGGCUGUUGGAGAAAAUGGUAAAUAUUGCUCGACCGCUUCUUCUGGUCGGUGAGACGGGAACAUCAAAAACAGCGAUUUGUCAGCGAUUUUUGCGUGAUAUGGAUCAAGACAAAAAUCUAAUUUUAACAAUGAAUUUCUCGUUCCGUACCACAUCCCUGGACGUGCAACGGAAUCUGGAAGCCAAUGUGGAGAAACGGAGCAAAGAUUCAUACGGACCGGUUUCCGGGAAACGAUUGCUCAUUUUUAUUGAUGAUAUGAACAUGCCUCAGGUGGACACGUACGGGACACAACAACCAAUCGCUUUGCUCAAAUUGUUAGUGGAGAGGAAAGGUGUCUACGAUCGUGGAAAGGAUUUGAACUGGAAACGCAUGCAAGAUAUUGGUUAUCUGGCUUCGAUGGGCAGACCGGACGGUGGUCGGAACGAGGUGGAUCCACGUUUUAUCUCACUGUUUUCUGUGCUGAAUGUAUCCGUUCCGUCAGAGGACACGCUGCGUUUGAUAUACGAUUCGCUUUUGGCCGGACACACCACAGAUUUUGAUGCUUCCAUUCGUGAAUCAUCCCAAAUGAUCACGAACAUGACGAUUAAACUUUUUAAUUUUGUCACGGUUCAACUACCCCCAACACCGGCCAAAUUCCACUACAUCUUCAACAUGCGUGAUCUGAGUCGUAUCUACAGUGGUUUGUGCCUGAUGACUGUGGAUCGGUUCGGUCGAAAAGAACAAUUGGUUCGUUUGUGGCUGCAUGAAGUGAAUCGGGUAAUCAUGGAUCGACUGAUCUGUGACGCCGAUCAACAGACGGUCAGGAAAUUUGUAAAUGAUUUGAUGACUGAGCACUGUAGAAAGUGUAUGGAGUACGCCUGCAACGAACCUUUGCUGUUUGGCGACUAUCGAAACGCAUUGGAUGAGAGUGAAGUGAGAGUAUAUGAGGACCUACUGGAUUUCGAGAACUGUCGAUCGAUUUGUCAAGAAAUAUUGGAAAGCUACAAUGAGACCAUCGGUUCUAUGCUAAUGGUCUUGUUCGACGAUGCCCUGUCCCAUCUGACACGGAUCGAGCGUGUGAUUCGGAUGCACGGCGGCCAUGCAUUACUGGUCGGGGUCGGCGGAUCGGGCAAAACUAGUCUGACACGUUUGGCCGCGUAUGCGGCCGGUUAUGAAUUGUUCGAAAUUCAUUUGUGUCGGGGCUAUGGUGAACGGGAGUUUCGCGACGAGCUCAAAACUCUGUUCAUGCGAUUGGGGUUGGAGAAUAAAGCCACGGUGUUCCUGUUCUCCGAUCAGCAUGUAGUGGAAGAAGGCUUUCUGGAACUUAUUAACAAUUUACUCACUGCUGGAAUGGUUCCUGCCCUGUUUGCUGACGACGAGCGAGAAUCCAUUGUAACCGAAUUGCGUGAUGAGGCCGUCGCAUCUGGCUACGCCACUGCACGUGAAUCUGUUUGGCAGUAUUUCAUUCAGAAAGCGUCUGGAAAUUUGCAUCUGGUCGGUGAUACACUCCGGACACGAUGUCGCAAUUUCCCCGGGGUUGUUAACAAUACCACAAUUGACUGGUUCUUCCCGUGGCCGGAACAAGCCCUGUACGCGGUGGUUCGUGUUUUUGUAUCCGCGGAAUAUCGUCUGGUCCCGGAAUCACAUCGGGAAGCUAUCACAGACCAGAUUGUGGCCACGCAUAUGAGUGUUCAUCAGUACUCGUCCGAAUUUGCACAAAAAUUCAGACGUCCGACCUACGUAACACCGAAGCAUUAUUUGGAUUUUAUCAAUACAUAUAAGAAGCUGCUUGAAGAACAAGAUACCUAUACGGAAAGUCAAAUUGUUCGAUUACAUGGUGGACUACGAAAGUUGGCUGAAGCGUCCGUUCAAUUGGAGGAGUUGAAUGCGAAAUUGGCCGUUCAACGGGUCGCAGUGGCCGAGAAAACACAGGCUUGUGAAACACUGCUGGCAGAAAUUUCCAGCAGUAGUCAACUAGCCACAGAGAAGAAAGAACUGGCUGUGACUAAAGGAAAAGAAAUUGAAAUCCAGUCAAAAGAAAUUGCACGUGAAGCAGAAUCCGCUCUGGCUGAAGCAUUGCCCGCACUGGAACAAGCUCGUCUAGCGCUCGAAGAUCUGGAUAAAUCAGAUGUGACCGAAAUUCGCUCGUUUGCCAAACCGCCAAAAUCGGUACAGGUCACAUCGGAAUGCAUAUGUGUGUUUAAGGGUUAUAAGGAAAUCUCAUGGAAAACCGCCAAGGGCAUGAUGGCUGACACCAAUUUCUUGUAUUCGUUGCAAACCAUGGAUGUAGACAAUAUCACAGCCAAACAAUCGGCCAUAGUGAAAGACUACUUGGAAAAAUCAAAAGUGACCGUGGAAGAAAUGCGCAGUGUGAGCAAGGCGGGAACCGGUCUGCUCAAAUUUGUGAUAGCAGUGUUAGGCUAUUCCGAAGUGGCUCGAGAUAUUAAACCGAAACGGGACAAAGUUGCUCGGUUGGAGAAAAAUUUCAUGCUAGCUAAGCGAGAUCUGAGUAGAAUUGACUCAGAAGUCACCAAACUCGAAAAAGAAUUGAUCGAUCUAAAUCGACGUUACGAGGAUGCGAUGAGUGAACGUCAGAAGUUGCAGGAAGAAACGGAUCUAAUGGAACGCCGCCUGAUCGCCGCAGAUAAACUUAUCAAUGGGCUCAGUUCAGAAGAGGUUCGCUGGAGACGGGACAUGGAAGAGUUGAAAGUGAAGCGUGUCAAAUUACUCGGUGAUUGUGUUCUCGGUGCUGCAUUCCUCAGCUAUGUGGGCGCGUUUUCAUGGGAAUAUCGGAAACGGAUGGUGUAUGAUGAGUGGCAAUCAUGGCUUGUGGAUCGGGAGGUUCCGCUGAGUCAACCGUUCCGUUUGGAAGAUAUACUUACCAACGAUGUGGAGGUGUCAAAGUGGAACUCCGAAGGUCUACCACCAGAUGAGCUCAGUGUGCAAAACGGCAUUCUGACUGUGAGAGCUUCACGUUUUCCCCUGUGCAUAGACCCACAGGAACAGGCGAUCCAGUGGAUUCGGCACAAAGAAGAACCGAACAAAUUAAAAAUAGCCACAUUUAAUGAUAGCGAUUUUUUGAAACAAUUAGAGUUGGCUAUUCGCUAUGGAAUACCCUUUCUUUUCAAGGACGUUGAUGAGUAUAUCGAUCCGGUCAUCAAUGAUGUGUUGGAGAGAAAUAUCAAAGGGGAUCAAAAUCGCCAAUUUGUGAUCCUUGGGGACAAGGAGGUGGACUAUGACCCGAAUUUCCGUCUAUAUCUGGUCACGAAAUUAGCCAAUCCGCAAUACGGUCCGGACGUGUUUGGUAAAUCCAUGGUGAUUAACUAUACGGUGACGAUGAAAGGACUGGAAGAUCAACUGUUGAGUGUGAUUGUGAAAUCAGAAAGAUGUGAAUUGGAAGAACAACGGGAAACCCUGAUUCGCGAGACAAGCCAGAACAAGAAACUUCUCAAAGAUUUGGAAGACAGCCUAUUACGAGAGUUAGCCACUAGUAGUGGGAACAUGUUGGACAAUGUGGACCUCGUAAACACGUUGGACGAAACGAAAUCGAAAGCAACGGAGGUUACUGAGAAAUUGGAACUUGGAGCAAAGACUGCGAUCGAUAUCGAUCAGUUACGGGAUGCCUAUCGGCCAGCAGCGAAACGGGGUGCAAUCCUAUUCUUUGUCCUCUCGGAAUUGGCCACCAUCAAUGAGAUGUAUCAGUACUCUCUGACAGCGUAUUUGGAUGUGUUUCAGAUAUCACUACGGAAAAGUAUGCCAGAUGUGGUCCUCAAACGGCGUCUGGUCAACAUUAUUGAAACACUCACACGAAACGUGUACACGUACGCAUGCACUGGUAAGUCCAAUGAUAACUAG